AUGACGAGGCUGUUCCUGCACCGCUUGCUACAACUGCGCCCUAUGGUGUGGGGCAUUACAGUCACAGGCCGCCGCUACUGCCGCAGCUACGUCAGAGACCACUACUUCGGCUUCUUUCGGGAAAGUGGUGUCUAUCACCGGACCGUAGCGACAACCAAUGCUCAGCUGGGACCUACAGCACCGGAGGCGUCUGCUCUCUCAGCCCUUGGCGACGACCAUUUAGUCGGUGCUGUGCUGUCCUGUGCCUCUUCUGCAGGAGGAGGACGCGCACAUGCCUUGGAAAGAGAGUGCUGCCGUAGAGUAGGUCACCUCGCACCUGAACUUGCGAUUCGUGUUAUGGAUGCCUGGGCGACUGGUUCACCUCAUUGCGGAGGCACCUAUGUACGGCAGCUGUUGCGCACUGUUGACUUAAGGCAGCUGCCCCGGCCACAUCUGGUUCAUUUGAUUUACCUUUUGGCUCUCAAGAAAUGCAGUGUUCCACCUGACUUUGCGAGUGCUGUUGAACAUCGACUGCCAGAGUUCAAGCUGGAAGGAGAUUUCAGAGAAUUGGCUGUGCUGUGUAGUAGUCUGUUCAAGUUAAAGAUCAGGGUCUCCAAUGAUGCCUUUCUCCAUGUCGUGUCUCAGCAUACAGCCAGUGCAUUGGCAUUGUGCAAGGACAGGUUUGACAUUCUAGCCGCGCUGAAAUUCUUGCGACUUUGUGAGCAUUACAGUGCCGACGUUCUCAAGAACCUGGCAAGUUACGUCGCUGGUCACAGCCGCGAACUAGUUGUCACGGAAUGUGCUCACAUGUUGGCUGCCUUCUCCAGCGUUGCUGCGUAUGACAGAGGCACGUUUGACCGUCUCGAGGACAGUGUGGUUUCCUUACUUCGCGUACGUUCAUCAAUCAAAGGCGACUCGUCUAAGCUGCACCCUUCCUUGCGUCCAAGAGUGAAAGAUGUGGCUAAGGUGCUGUGGACAUUUGCAGCUGUAAACCAUCGCGCCAAGAACGAGAGUUUGCAAACGACAGUCCAGUUUCUCGAGCAGAACCUUACGUUGAACAGAGAUCUCUACCACGUGCUUGACGCCCUGCAAUCUCUCAUUUGUCUCGACUGCUACCCGUGGGGCCUCAUUGACAGAGCGACUUCGCCCAGCGCAGAGCGCGCAGUCUCUCUCGAUGGCAAGAAGAAAGCGACUCUGCGGCUGGCAUUCGUCACAGCAUCCGCACAGUUGAUGAGGGGCGCUCCACUGACUGCGAUGCUGCCCAGUAACAGAGAGCAACCCCCAAGACGUGACAGCUUUGGAGACCUAGUGGCCGUGUUUGGAGAACGUCGGCUGCGCGCCAGCUGCCUCUUGCCACACAUCCGCAUCGCCGGCGUGGCUUUUGCAGUGUGUCCACAGUCACUGCGCGUCAGCCCCGUGCUGGACGUGGCAGACGUGAAGCGACAGACGACGCCUGCCAGCAACCACAAGCCUCGCAUCGUCAGCGUAGAGCUACUGGACGACAGCGUGUUGGUGCGAAACAGUGGGGAGCGCCUUCGCGGUAUCAUGGCAGCCAAAGUGCGCCAGCUUCGUGCGUUGGGUGUGUUUGUGAUUGGCGUGUCACCAGAGGAGAUCGUGCGUCUCGCUGCACUCCCAGACAGGCGGCAGUGGUGGGAUGCCUUUGUGCGUGCGUGUGCUCUAAAUGAACCUCCCCCUGCAGGCUUUAAAACCAUGCUAGUGAGUGAACCUGCUUGACGGCAUCAUUGGUUUCUAGCAGUCUUACAAAUAUUCCUCCACCUCAAGUCAAGAGUAGGAUGACAGCUCUGCAUAGACUCAACUACAGUCGAACCUUGUUGUAACGAGCACGGAUACAACAAAUUGUUGGGCGUACUGGGAUAAAUAUAAAUUUUGGUUGACCAUG